UUUUUUUUUCCCCUUUUUUUCCUUUUUCCUUUUUUUUUUUUUUUUUUUUAUCCUUUCCGUAUUGCUCUCUAACCCGGCUUUUGGGUGGGGUGACUUGAAAUAUGGGAUAUGACGCUUUGCAUUUCGACUUACGAUAUACUGAUGAUCAAAACUGGCGCUAUUAUGAUAUGGACAAGCGCUGGUGUUCGGGAUUAGUGAUCAUCUAUGAUACCCUCUCUUUCUGUGUUUUUGUUGCUUGCGACUUUAUAUGUUCACAUUUCGGUAUACGGAGGAGGCUCCUUUCAUACAUCAUUCUGUUCGCUCUUGGGGGCCUCAUGGGUUUGAUUGUUCUAGUCGGUUACUACUUUUCAUGCAAUGGUUGGUCAUGGUAUCUUCGGAGGAUAGGUUCUUCGGUUUCACAAGCAUGGCGUUUGGCUGGUCUCAUUUACUGCACUGUUAUAUUCUCCUUUCCUGUAACUAUAUAGCUGGUAGCUGUGCUGUACUGUGCAGUUAGUGGAAUUCUAGUUAUAAUAACAUUCGCCUUCUAGAAGGAGGUUUGAAAAGAAAAAAAAAUCUUAAAAUUGAGUUGAGAAA